UACUGUGUAUUUGUACCCAAAUCAAAAACAAAAACGGCGAGCAAUUAAAAGGCAAAAAUCUGUUAAAAAAAUGACUUUUCUUAAUUUCAAAUAAUAUCUUUGGCUAAGCAAAUAAAAUAAUAUAGCAAAUACAAAAGAACAUGCCAAAAAUUAGUGAGUAUAAUGAAAAAGAAACUAUGAAAUUAGACGAAUGUUUCAAAGAAACAUUAGCACGUGUUAGACCUUUUGUCUUAGCAUUAACAUCUAUUGAAAGUGCAGAAUUAUGCAAAAUUUGGCUUAAUAAAUUAAAUUCUGUUACUUCGCAACGUCGCCUAAGAAACGAAUAUCUUACAGAAUUAUUUAGGCAAUUGAAGAUGGGACAUAUUGGAGGAAUAUUUAGUAGACCUCCACCUAAUGGAUUCCUUUUACCAUUACCUAAGUCGUAUCAUAUGGUACCUAUAUUAGACUUUAUGAAAUUUAUUGUAAUUAAAGAAUAAUCAAUGUGUAAUACAGGUUUGCAUUAGUUCAUCUGUAAGUAAUUUAUCAGAUUAUACCAUGACAUCUCAUCAUAGUUGUUUAAAGUCAACGCAUCAGCGAAAUAAAACAUUAUUAAAACAUCGUAUGAUGGAUAUAAAUAUGAAUCAAAAAUGUUUACACGCUAUGAAUCUUUCACCGACUAUUCAAGUUCAUAAUCAAAGUAUAGUAAAAAAAAAUGUCGACUAAAAAUUUUUGAGCGGCAUAUUGAUGCACUGAGUACCGUUAUUGCAGAAUUACAGACUCAAAAUGAAUAUUUAAGGAGAGAAUUGUCAGAAUAUCCAGAAAAUCGUAACAGAAACACGAAUGAUUAUUUAUCUUCAAGUCUCAGUCAAUUAACUACUGAUGUUAUUAAUUUAAAAGCUAAGUUAGUAUGCAAUUAAAUAUAAUAAUAAUAAAACAGUAAAUUUUAAAUAUUUCUAAAUUGUUAAAGGCUGAAAGAGAUGCAAAAGUUGAAAAAUUCUGUGGAUCAAAGUUAUAAAGAUGCUAUUCGAGAAUAUCAUUUAACAGUAAUGGAACAAUUUACUGAAUUAAAACAACAGUUACACGAAGCUCGAUUAAAAAAUGAAGCAUUAGAUCAUAGUGUAGCUGUAAUAGCUAAAAAAUUGGAACAAAUCAACCAUGGUAAGGUAAGAAGUAGAAACUUUGUUAUAUAAAAUGAAAAUCAUAAAAUAUAUUUUAAAGAAUGAGCAAAGUACAGAAAUGGAAGAACAAUGGAUAGAUAAAAUAAUGACAAUAUGUGAGCAGUUUGAUUCAUUUACAAAAGAGAAACACAAAGAAUUACAAUUAAAAGAUUUACUUGAAAAAAAAGACAUAGAAUUAUCAGAAAAAGAUACACAAAGAAAAGAAGAAAUUGAAUUAUUGUCUAAGAAAAUACAUGAUUUAGAAAUGAAAUUGGAAAUGAAGAUUAAAGAUGUAUUUUUUCUAUAAAUAAUAAAAUAUUUUAAUAUAAUUGAUUUAAACAUCUUGUUAAAUAUAUAUUGUAUUCUUCUCAGGAAGAUAAAUUACAGGCAAUUGUAAUUGAGCAAUAUACAAUGAUGAAGGAAGAAUUAAACAAAAUGAGAACUGAAAUGGAUUAUGAAA